AGUCAGCCCGCAGCGCAUCCUUGGCUCGCCUGUCAUGUGAGGCGGACCUGCGUCAGGGACCAGCAGCUGCAGCGGGCGAGACUGAGCUUCAGCUGGGAGCAAUUUGCAAGAUGCAGGCCGUGCUCAUCUUCGACCAGCUGAACGACGUGGUGUACCUGCGGUGCGACCACAGGUUCGUUCGGCAUGUGAGGACGAUGGCAGCCUCGCAGGGCCUCCUGCAGGAGCAGGACCUGGCCGACCCGCAGCCCGUGUCCCAUCUGGAUCCCAACAUUGUGGUCCAGAUUUUUUCUCCCUUGGUGACCUCACAGCGCAUCAUGGCCACGCAGUUCAACAAUCCCUACACAUCAGUCACUUGCCAGGAUGGAACAACAGUGGUUUUCCAAGAGUAUGCAGGUUAUUUAUUUGUUGGUGUUGGACAUCAAGAAGAAUGUCAUCUUCAGCGCACCAUAAGCAUGACUAUACGAAUGGUUCAGUUAGUGGUUGGACCAUGUGUUACCAUACUGAAACGCAGUGCGACAAAAAGUGCACAACUGGAUAGCCUGUUAGAGGCAUGGCAGCGCUUAUAUUCCAGUGAGCAGAGCUACUUAGUGGAGGCUGUGGAGAGGCUCGUGGUCAACUCUGAACUUUCUGCUGCAGCAGUCAAGGCUCUUGCCUCUGUGGUGGAUGAGAUGAAGGCAGCAAAAGAACUGACCCCAUGCCAUGCCAUGUUUUUUGUUAGGAACAAGUUACUGGCCCUGUAUUCAAGUCGAAAUGCACAGGAACUAAGUGCAUCAGAUCUUCUCUUCCUUAAUCUUCUUGUGGAAGCAAGCCAAGUAAAGGAGCUAGGACAAGUAGAAGAGAGUGAAACAGAUAAUGAGAUAAACGCAGAAACAGUAGAUCACAGGAAAGAUGAUGAUGGAAUAGAAGUGGAUAGCAGUGAUUCGGGAGAAUUUUACAGCAUCCCAAGCACACCUUCACAGGGAAGAUAUAUAGGGCUGGCUGAAGAUGAGCAAGAAGGAAAGAUCAGAAGCUGUGUAUUACUCCUUCACACUGAAGUUUGCCAUCUCACACCUCAUCUAGUCCAUUAUGAGACCUUGUCUGAUGGUCUUGCUCUCGUGAUUGUGUCAGAGAUCAACCGCACACAGCUAUCAGUGCAGCUAAUCACAUUACUGACGGGGCUAGAGGAAAUGCUCGCUGGCAAUGUGAACAGUCGUGGCAAAUUGAUCCUGGAUGCCUGUGAUACAGCAGUGAGAAAAUCCCUAGAGUUAGCCAAGAGACUUCCCAGGAGUAAGACAGCAGAACGAAUAGAAAAAGCUCUGCAGCAGGUGCACUACCGAUGGGAGAACGUGAAGAAGAGCGGAGUGGAAGACUGGCUGCGAACUGCAUCAGAUUCUGAAGUUCCAACUCGAGUAGAUGCUUCUCUGACCUCCCUGGUAGAGACUACACGGGCAGCCUGGCGCACUGCAUGUCUGGCUGUCAGCUCAGCCACUGCAGCACAGCUGGUGGAGUCAGCAGUUGCUGUUGCAGCUGACCGCAUGGCAGACUAUUGUCAUUUCUUGGAAGUUAAAGCACUUAGGAAUAUGACAUUAGGCUGCAGGUCAGCUCUAACCAUCAACAAGUAUUUAGAAGAGUUUCCGGGAUUAGUACAUUUCUUGUAUGUUGAUCGUUCCAGUCAUCAGCUGACAUCCCCAACACUGAUGACAGAUGAAGCAGGGGAGAUCAACAAGGAACUGGAAGUGUCAGAAAAUGGUGCCAGAGCCUUGACGGUUGCACGUGUCUGGUCAAUGGUGGAGUUUGCCCGUUCACACCUUGCAAAAGGUCAUCUUUCACUCAUGUGGAAAGAUACAACUUUCAGUUAUGCCUAUUUCCUUUGGUUUGAGGAUGGUAGUGGUAACCCAUUAAAACCAGGAGAACUUGAUGAGACUGUCAGUGAGACACUCCCACUGCCUGGCGUGUUGUGUGAAGACUUUUACCGCUCCCUUUGCACUCGUGCCUUCCCUGGAAUGGACCCAAACAGGCUGCGUGUGUAUGAACUAUUCUGUAUUCAUCUUGGCCUAGCCACUUCUCCAUGUGUUCUGGAACACACACGCCGUUUGGCAGCCACAAUAUGGGAGGUAACAGGACCCAUGGAUGCCAACCCUGCUGAUCUUUUGUAAUGCUUACUCUGAAGAUGCAGUGAAAAGUACAUUGAGGUAGUAUUUUUGAAAGAAGUCACAAAGUCAGUCAAUCUCUCUCUUCUGCUUGUUUGUCUUAUAUGGUGGAAAGCAGUGGUUCCAAGCUAAUAUUCUCAAAAGAAGUCAGGAAGUCAGUCUGUCUCCG